GAAUCUUCCAUCUUGGAUAUAGCGAGUGACCCAAGUGCAGACUGAAAAAAUUUCCCUCAAGAGUCAGAAGUCAUGGCCAGAUUCUUGCACUCAUCGCCGAAACCACCCCAGCUUUCCCUCUUCUUUCCCUCCCCAUCCAACUUCCUCUCACCCAUCUUCUCAUUCCCGAACCUCAGUCUCCAAUACCACCACCUCUACAACUUUAAAAGCUCAAUUUCCAAAACCUUCGCAUCAUCCUUCAGAAAUGGCAGACCAGAAACAGGGUGCCCUGUUCCACUUGAGCAACAGCCCAUAAACGAGUACCAGACCCUCUCCACCUCCUUCCCAUUCUCAUGGGCCUCCAGCGACAUUGUUGAGUAUAGCUCCAAAUUGUUCGUCACCGGCGCUUCUUUUGCGCUCUUUAUCGGCCUCCCCGUUGCCUGGUUCGGCACCGUUGGGCCCGAAACAGAGCCAUUUAAGCGGAUUAUCUGCUCUGUUUCAAGUGGGAUAUUGUUGGUUACUCUUGCCGUUGUGAGGAUGUACCUGGGUUGGGCUUACGUGGGAAAUCGAUUGCUCAGUGCCACAGUUGAAUAUGAAGAGACAGGCUGGUACGAUGGCCAGAUAUGGGUGAAAACUGCCGAAGUCUUGGCACGGGACAGGCUCCUCGGUUCAUUUUCUGUCAAGCCGGUGUUGAGCAGAUUAAAGUUUACUCUUGUCAUUCUUGCUGCAUCACUAUUUGCGUGUGCUCUUUUCCUCACCGACAUUGAUGGGGACCAAAAUGUAUCCAAUAUAAGAUCAGGAAAUGCCAGUACUGGUAGGGUAAUACCUGGAGUUUACAGUGAUGAGUCUGCAAGAGCAUUUGAGCCAGACGAAUUCUGUGGUGAACCUGGUCUUCCCUAAUUGUGAGUCAUGAAGCUGAUUUUAGUUUCCAUAUUAUUACUGGAUAUUGUUCAGUAUAUAGGCAGAAGCAUAUCUUUAGAUCCCAUAUUGCACAGUUCAUAUUGUUCCAUGGUGCCCCAUGUAAUUACUGUAAAAAUCAAACUGAAUAGAUUAUAUGUUAACGUAUAAUAUUAAGAAGGUUAUUGUAUCCUUGAGCAA